AUGGACUUCCAGACUCGCCACCCACAACCCUUCUCUGCCGUCGAGGCAUCACAUCUGGAUGUGAGCACGAUCGUCGCAGAGAUCGCGCGCCUUCAAAACUCCCUCGCACACCUCGACGUUUCCCAGACGGAGCUUGCCGCGUUCCUUGCAGAGGAGGAGGAUGUCGACUUGCGCGCUGCGUGGUCUGAGAACGAGGGCGUCAUCGCCUCUCAAAGAGAACGCAUCGCCCUCCUCCGUGCAGUCCUCACGGAGAAGGUCGGCGCAGACAGCCUGGCGCAUUAUGGCGUUCCAUCAGACACCACCGCCGCCGCUCCAGCACCUUCUGCCGCUACCACCGCAACACCGACAACAACAGCUCAGACCCAUGGUCCAACCCCUGCGCCUGCGCCCGCACCCGCACCGCUGAAUGGAAGCACGGCUAACGGUACCUCGACUGGAGGAGGCCAACCGCAGGCUAUCUCUGGAGAGCAGAUGGCAGUGGACGAGGACGACGGGCUUCACUUGUGA